AUGCUUCCGGGUCAUUUCACUCAGUCAACCUUUCUAAGAAGACUAUUCGGCCGCAGCCGUACUCAAGCCCGCGUAACUCAACUCGCUUGUUUACACAUCGAAGAGGGAGAGUGAACAAAAUGUUUGUGUCUUUGUAAGAUAAGGUUCAGAUCACAUCCCUUCACUAUGUUGAUGAGCCCAGAACAGAAGGCCCUGAUUGGCCGGGUGUUUGAAACCUAUCUGGCAGAGCAUCAUCAUGGUGACAUUCUCCAACUUCUUGCAGAUACUAAUGAAGAAACCCAUCAACCUGUUGUUGUUAAUGCCAUGACAUUGUUUGAAGCCAAUAUGGAGGUUGGGGACUAUUUCAAUGCCUAUCCAAAUGAUGUCCUGGCUAUAUUUGAUGAAGUGCUACACAAAAAAGCCUUGGAGUUGUCACAGAAUGCUUCUCCCAAGCACUGUGGAGGACAAAGAGCAAUAAAGCAGAGGAUGAGAUACACUCUUCAUGCCCGCAUUACAGGUCUGCCAGUGUGUCCAGAACUCACCAGAGACACCAUUCCCAGGUCCAGAGAUGUGGGGCACUUUUUGUCUGUCACUGGUACCGUCAUACGCACCAGUAUUGCCAAGGUUCUGGAAUACGAGCGUGAUUACAUGUGCACAAAGUGUCGUCAUGUUUUCACGGUGCAAGCUGAUUUUGAACAGUUCUAUACCUUCGUCCCGCCGGCGGCCUGCCCUAAUCCUGAUGGCUGUAACUCGUACAAAUUCAGCUGCCUGUCUGGAGGAUCUGAGCCUGCUGCCUGCAGGGACUAUCAGGAGAUCAAGAUACAAGAGCAAGUGCAGAGGCUGUCAGUGGGCUGUAUUCCUCGUUCUAUGGUGGUGGUCCUUGAGGAGGACCUGGUUGACAUUUGUAAAUCUGGAGAUGAUGUGACUGUCUAUGGGGUGAUGUGCCAGCGCUGGAAACCAUUUUAUGAUGGCACUCGCUGUGAUGUGGAGCUGGUCCUCAAAGCUAACAACAUAGAAGUAAACAACCAGCAAGCUGCUGCUGCUUUGCUCAUGAAAGAUGUUCAGCAGGAAUUUGAAGACUUUUGGGAUGGCUACAAAUAUGAUCCCAUCGCUGGUAGGAACCAGAUCUUGUUGAGCCUGUGCCCACAGGUAUUUGGCAUGUAUGUGAUUAAACUGGCAGUGGCAAUGGUAUUGGCUGGUGGGGUGCAGAGGAUAGAUUCCUCUGGGACCAAGAUCAGGGGUGAGUGUCAUUUGUUGCUGGUUGGUGACCCUGGCACAGGGAAGUCUCAGUUCCUGAAGUAUGCAGCUAAGAUCAUGCCUCGCUCUGUGCUCACAGCUGGAAUUGGAUCAACAAGUGCAGGACUGACAGUAGCAGCAGUGAAAGAUGGAGGUGAGUGGCACCUGGAGGCAGGAGCCCUGGUACUGUCAGAUGGUGGUUUGUGCUGCAUUGAUGAAUUCAACAGCAUCAAGGAACAUGACCGCAUCAGCAUCCAUGAAGCUAUGGAGCAACAGUCUAUCAGUGUGGCAAAAGCUGGUAUGGUGUGUAAACUUAACACUCGUAGCACCAUCCUGGCAGCUACCAACCCUAAAGGCCAGUACAAUCCCAACGAGCCGCUGUCUGUGAAUGUAGCUCUGGCCAGUCCUUUGCUGAGUCGUUUUGACCUGGUCUUAGUUCUGCUGGACACCAGAAACACAGAGUGGGAUCGCAUCAUCUCUUCUUUUAUUUUGGAGGAAAGAGGACUGCCUGGCGACUCUUCCAGUCUGUGGUCCAUGGAGAAAAUGAAGGCUUAUUUCAGUGUGAUUAAACGCUUGCAGCCACAGGUGUCUGAGGAGGCAAACAUCAUCUUGACACGUUACUACCAGCUGCAGAGACUAAGUAAUGGCCGCAAUGCUGCCCGCACCACAAUCCGCAUGCUGGAGAGUCUUAGCAGGCUAGCUGAAGCCCAUGCUAGGCUCAUGUACAGAGAGAUAGUGACUAUAGAGGAUGCUGUCAUGGCCAUCUCUGUCAUGGAAUGCUCAAUGCAGGGUGGCGCUCUGCUGGAAAACGUAAAUGCAUUACUGACCUCAUUCCCUGCUGACCCCGGUCAGCAGUAUCAAACUCAGUGUCAGAUACUACUAGAAAGGCUGAACCUACCACUGCUCCAUCAGAAGGAGAUGGAUAGACUGGCCAGGCUAAAGAGCAACAUCUCAGAGGCCUCCCAGUUUGAUCCACCAACUGAUCCUUACCAGCUUCAACUCAGAGACACAGACACCAUCAACGAAACACACUGCCAUGAUGUCAGCAGUGACUGCAAAGGUGAUGUCAUGGUGGUGAGUGGCUUGGACUGGUUCCACUCCAUCACUCCAUCAGUGUCACCAGAUAAUAUGACCUCACCUAUAAUUACAUCAACUCAAGUAAACCUAAGGAGAAAACCAAACUUGAGUUGGUCAAAAACACCUACAGCAAUCAAACAGCAAAACUGUCAAACUGAGAAGGACACUCAGAGCAAAUCAGACUCAGCAUUAAACCAUAAUGGGACAGUUACCUCUGCUUCAGAGGAAGAAAACAGAAAAUGUGAGAGAAAUGAAAACAUCACAGAAAGAAUCUCUGUGACCCAGGAGCAACAGCAGCUAGAGAGAAAGAAAGAUGAACAACAUCCAAAGUCAUUGAGGUUUGUGUUUCAGAAAGUCUCCAAAAAUCUGAGGGAGCGAAGACUUGGGGAGCUGGAGCUGAAUAAUCAGCAGUGUGACAAAGAUGGAGGAGGGGGACAUGGAGAGAGGGUGGUGUCCACAGAUGGUGCAAGUAAAAAUGUGACUGAUGUUUUAAAUACAAUAUCAGAUUCUCGCAGUAGCAGCACACUGUCAUCAGGUAAAAAGUACCCCUCAAAUAACCUAAUCCAGGAUAACCAGUUCUUUGACAAAGAAAGUGGAUUUAAAAGGGACAAGGACCUGACUGGGUCUAAAAACAUUUGUACUGUGCUAAGAGAAAAGAUGGCUGCUGAAGCUGAAAUAGGUCAAGACAUGCACGCAAAGUUGUCAAACUUUAAAUUCAAACCAAGGAAAAUGAGACCUUCACUCCACAGCUGUGACUUUAAUGCCAGCUCAGACGUCAGCGCAGAGUUACAAGCGGAAUGUAACCUAAGCAGCAGAGAUCUCCACAUCCACACAGAAAGCAGCAUAAGUAAACAGAAGCGACUUAGUCAUGAUGAGUUAGCCAGCCCACUUACACACACAGAGAAGAGUGAAAGAAAGAAAAAGCAGAACGAAUACCAAAAUGUUUUUGAAGGUGGUUGCAAGAGACAACAGGUGAGCUGUGUCAGUGAGGUGGGAGAGAGUGGGUCUGAAGAUAGUACUUCAGCACAAGCAAAAACUGUAGGUAGAAUAAAAGGCAAUAAUGAUACAGAAAAUCUGUGUCAACAACAAAGAGCCAGAGUCGACGCUGGUGAUAAGACUAUAGUAGAUGGCUUUACUGGCUCACCAGCUUUAAAUUCAAGCAUUUACAUUAGUGAUCCAGCACCAUUUCAUUCAGGCCAUACAAAGUCCACUGUGGCCUCAUCAACCCUGGCCAAACUUUCAAGAUUCUCAUUCACAUGCACAACUGAACCCACAACCACAGCUCAAAGAAAAGCAGACAAAAAUCUUCCCAGUGUAGUGGAAAAAGAUCUAUUUAAAAGACACAGUGCUGAAAAGUCUAAAGUCAAGAAAACUCUAAGUUCCCCCAAACACAGUCCCUUAGGAAAGAAGAUAAAAACCAUAGUAAGCAUGAGCAAAGUAAAAGAUGUUUUAUCCCCUACGGCCACAAUGCUCCCACCAGGACAUGAGUGUGAACAAGGGACAGAGUACAAAGCACAGCAGACUGAGCCUACUUACGCUGCAAAAAAAUUAAUGAUGGUCCAGUUGACUAUGAAAGUCCUGUCAAUCUGAAGAAGAGAAAGAGUUUUGAGCUGGGCUCUCCAUCAAGUAGAAUUCAUGUUUCCAAGGGCCCAUUCUCAGGGCUGUUUGGUUCUGUUGAGUUAAGUAAUGAUGUUCUUGACACUGACUGGGAUCAAGAAUUUUCAAAGAAAGCCAAGGUUUGAAGUCAUACUGUGACAAUGUGUUGUAGAAGAAUAUCACAGUAUUUUAUUACUUCAUAUCACAUUUUUCUGUGUGCACAUCAGUUGAAUUCUUUGCCUGAUGUAAUUGUUCCAGAAGUUCAAAUAUUCAUCUUGCGACCGUAUCUUGUUGUAUUCAACAGUGUUUUCUUAUUUUUGAAAUACUUGUAGAUCAGACAAAAUUUACAAG